ACUAUAUACAGAACCAAACAGUCGAUCAGAAGACGUGACAAUAUCGGGGCUAGCUAGCGAACCAUGGCCAAGCGCCUCGUGCCAUGGCUUUUUAAUCUUCUCGUCACGCUCUGGACGCUGUGCUGCCAGGCCGCCGGCGCCGACCCGACCACCGGCUUCACCGCCGUCGAGGUCUCGGAGGACCGGUUCAAGCUCCACAAGCCGUACGACCUGCCGCCGGAGCAGCGGUACGAGCUCCGCGACGGCGUGCGGCGGCUCUGGGUCUACUGCGACGACAAGCCCUUCAGCGCUGGCAGCCCCAACAAGCCGCGCGCCGAGAUCCUCCUCAACAGGACGUACAGCUCCGGGGUGUGGCAGUUCGAGGGGUACGGGUACGUGCCGGCCGGCACGACGGGGGUGUCCGUGAUGCAGGUGUUCGGCGCGGCCGGACCGCCGCGCAACACGACGCUGAUGCUGCACGUCUACGGCGGCCGGCUCGUGUACUACCGCGACGAGACGAAGGUGGUCGACGGCGACAUCUACGACCGGUGGUUCAGGCUCAACGUCGUCCACGACGUCGAGGCGUCGGCGCUCACCGUGUUCGUCGACGGCCAGCAGAGGCUGACCGUGCCCGGCUACGGCGGCCACCGGCACUACUUCAAGUUCGGGGUGUACACGCAGACGGACCCCUCGCAUUACAUGGAGUCGCGGUGGAGGGAUGUCAAGGUGUACACCAAGACUCCCUACUGAAAGCAUACUUCUUCGAGAUGCAUAAUUUCUGGUGAAUUUUUCUGAUAUUUCGCGGGAAUAGUCCAAAAAUUUCAGCAUCUAUCAGCUGUAAUAGUACUGCUCUCUCUGAUUUAUAAUAAGUGUCAAGGGUUUAGUUUAAA